AAUCGAGAUCGCGACACUGAUAUGGUAUGAUCACAUAAACUUUGUAUAAACAGAUGCAUACGAUCAUUUUUAAGCGUAAACAAACAGUUCAAGACCCCUAAUAACAUGUUAAUUACGCCACAUGUCAACUAUAAAACGACGCCGGCACGCAGCGGUAGAGCUCAUCACCUCCUAGCUCGAGCAACAGAGAGCGAGCAGAUCACGAAGCGCUCGCCAUGGAAGCGUGGCACCUGUUCUUCGCUGCAAUAGUCGUCGUCCUGACCCCCUUCCUCCGGCUAAUCCUCUUCCGCGGCGGCAUUGACGACCAGGAACGCGGCCGCCUGCCGCCGGGUCCUCCGGCCGUGCCGCUGCUCGGCAGCACGGUGUGGCUGACCAGCUCGCUGCACGACCCUGUGACCCUCUUCCAGCGCCUGGUGGCGCGGCACGGCCCCAUCAUCUCCCUUCGCUUCGCCUCCCAGCUGCUCGUCAUCGUCGCCGACCGCCGCCUCGCGCACGCGGCACUCGUCGAGCGCGGCGUGUCCCUGGCCGAUCGCCCCGCCGUGGAGUCAGCCAGGCAUCUCGGCGUAGGGCUAGGUGACUGCAGCGACAAGCUCAUCACGACCACCAGCUACGGGCCCGUGUGGCGCCUCCUCCGCCGCAACCUCGUCUCCGAGAUGCUGCACUCGUCGCGCUUCCGCCUGUUCGCGCCAGCGCGCGCGUGGACGCGCCGAGUGCUCGUCGACAAGCUCCGGGAGCACGAGCACGGCGACGGGGCAGCGCCAAGUGACGUCGUGGAGGCGUUCCACUACGCGGUGUUCUGCCUCUUCCUGCUCAUGUGCUUCGGCGAGCGGCUCGACGAGGCCACGGUGCGCGCGCUCACCGCUGCGGAGCGUGACUUGGUCCUCUACACGUCGAGCAACAUGGCCGUCUUCGCCUUCUUCCCGGCGGUCACCAAGCAUCUCUUCCGCGGGCGUCUCCAGAGAAUGCAUGCCCUCCAAUGGCGGCUGAAGGAACUGUUCUUGCCACUGAUCAACUCGCGGCGGGAGUACAAGAAACAGUGCGGCGAGCCGAGGAAGGAGUCCACGUUCGAGCACUCGUACGUGGACACGCUGCUCGACAUCAAGCUCCCCGAGGACGGCAACCGCGCGCUCACCGACGACGAAAUGGUGAACCUCUGCUCCGAGUUCCUCAACGCCGGCACCGACACGACGUCCACCGCGCUGCAGUGGAUCAUGGCCGAGCUGGUGAAGAACCCAUCCAUCCAGUCAAAGCUGUACGAGGAGAUCAAGUCCAAGACAGGUGACGGCGGCGAGGUCUCCGAGGAGGACAUCCAUGGCAUGCCGUACCUGAAGGCAGUGGUUCUGGAAGGCCUCCGGAAGCACCCACCGGGGCACAUGUUGGUGCCACACAGGGCGGCGGAGGACAUGGAGGUCGGCGGCUACCUCAUCCCCAAGGGCGCGACGGUGAACUUCAUGGUGGCCGAGAUGGGGAGAGACGAGGAAGAAUGGGAGAAGCCGAUGGAGUUCAUCCCGGAGCGCUUCCUGGCCGGCGGCGACGGCGAGGAAGUGGACGUGACGGGCAGCAAGGCGAUCCGCAUGAUGCCCUUCGGCGCCGGGCGGAGAAUCUGCCCCGGGCUCAACAUGGCCAUGCUUCACCUCGAGUACUUCGUGGCCGUCAUGGUGAGGGAGUUCAAGUGGAAGGAGGUGGCCGGCGACGAGGUGGACUUCACCGAGAAGCGGGAGUUCACCACCGUCAUGGCGAAGCCUCUCCGCGCGCGCCUCGUGCCGAGGAGGACCCACUUUGGAUAAUAUGGACGUGAGACGUGUUCAGUAGUCCUGGGCACAAAAAGACCGAGACCGAGAGACCGAACCAAAAAGAUCGAGACCGAGACCGAGAAAUUCGGUCCCGGUCUCAGGUGGACGAGGUGAAAGACUGAUAAAUCUGAUCCGAUCUUCGGGUAUAGGGCUCGGGUACCCAAAAUACACGAAAAGACCGAAUUUAUCUUGUUUUAGUGUACUGUCUCCUUGUCCUUGGUUACACUAUGGUUGAAUUUAUGAUUGUACUUUGGUAUUUGUGACUUGAGACUCUAUUAUGUACUUCUAUGAAUUAGUUAACUAUGAAUUGUGUUGUGGAAUAUGGAACUACGCAAUAAAAUUU